AUGAGGCCUCCAUACUUCAUUCUGAAGGUCAUUGCAGUCAUCCUAAGAUGGUUGCUCCCCAAGGUCUAUCCCCAGAAGCAAGCCCAGCCAGAUACUACCAUGACCAUUGUUUCUCGCAGCGGGGACCGCCAGAUUCACGUUAAUGUCUACUAUCCUGCUGAACACGAUCCAGCCAAUCCGCAGCCCAAUCCUGUGCUCAUCAACUUCUGUGGGAGCGGGUUCGUCAUCCCGGGCCAUGGCAUAGACGAUGAAUUCUGUCGCUUUAUUGCUAAUAACGCCAACCACACCGUCCUCGACGUCGAGUAUCGUCUAGCUCCCGAAUACCCCUAUCCCGCGGCUCUGGAUGAUGCUAUAGAGGUUAUCGAGUAUGUCAAAACCAAGCCAGACGAAUACAACGUGAGGCACAUCUCUCUCAGCGGUUUCAGUGCCGGAGCGAACAUCGCCGUCUCUACCGCCAUGAACUCCUACGGCAGAAAUGACUUCUAUGCUGUGAUUGCUUUCUACCCUCCCGUCGACGCGACCAUCGACCCGAAGGAAAAAGAGGCCCCUGUUCCAAUUCCCCUUCGCCGCGGCGGCUCGCAUCCUUCUUGUCUGCUGCGUUUCUUCCAGGACUGUUACCUAUACCCUGACACUGAUCCAGCACAUCCAAGAGUGUCGCCUUUGUACGCACCAGCCGAUUCCUUCCCCUUCAAUACUUUGUGGAUUACCGCGGAACACGAUCGUUUGUGCCCUGAGGCGGAAAGAUUGUCGGCCAAGGGCAGAAGGGAUCUUAAUUGUGCUGUAAAUUGGCGGCGCGCAAACAAGUGUGGCCAUGCCUGGGAUAAGUUUGCGAAAGAGGGAACCUGCCAGAACCAAGAGAAGCUAAGGGCGUAUGGUAUGGCAAGGGACAUAUUGACGAGGACGCAUCCAAGGCCGUCGACUCCUGAGCCAAGGCCGUCCACUGCUGAGGCUGGGCCGUCCGGAGCGAGGACCCCGCCGCCUAGACGAGUGCGUGGAGAGGAGUUUGCGGGUGGUUCGGUUGUGACCAUCGCCGGUCUAAUGUAUCGAGGAGCGGAGAUCCCGACUGAGCCCCCAGAAGGGAGACCUCCACGACUGCCUGUGCCGAUGGUCCCAUUUCAGUCAUUCGAUCUAACCACCUGGGGGCAUAUGCCGUCUCCUGGAUAUGGGGGGCCCACCUAA